CAUUUUUUAUAGGAAACUUUUAGACGAAUUUCCCGAAAAAAAUCCAGAACUCCUCAAACCUUCGUCUAGUUGUCUGCAAGUCUACACUCCAGUGGUGUGUGACGUCUCUUUUCCUCUAUUGCUUCCUGCAUCUUCUUCUCAAAGCUUUAUCAACCCAUCUCACGUUUAUUACUACAUUAGGGUCAAGGUUCUUUGUUGCAAUUUUUAUUAAAAGAUUUAUUUUUGAGUUCUUCUAUUCUUGUUGUGCUAAUAGCAGACUUGUUAAGCUUGAAAAUCCAUCCUCAAAAAUCGAUGCAAACAAUGUUCAAUGGCAACAGUAGCAUCACAAUUCCAGUCUCCGACGACGAUUCCGAUGAAUAUACUACAAAGAUGAGAUACCGAAACCGGAGGAAGCGCAAGAAAUCGGUAUCCAUUAGAUCCAACGCCGAGUUAACUCGCCGAGUCGUCAGAAAGAUUGCCAAAUGGUGGCCUCUUUUGCUUUUCCUUCCUGCAAUGGCGUUGCUUCUUUUCGAAGCUUCUCGACUCAGCCGGAACUCGGUUCCGCAUACAAAGAGCACACAUAUUCAUGUGGACCACAAUAUACCCCAUACUAACUUCAAUCAUGUCCAGCCCAUCUACCAUACUGUUGCUGGUGUGAGACAACGUUGCUUGACAAUCCUAUCAGCUGAUGAUCUUGAGCUUCUGGAUAUCCCUAUGGUAAAAGGCUCAAAAGCUCCUGUCAAGAAUGUGGUCUAUAUAUCAGAAGAUAGCAACCCUUACGCAGGAGAAAAUUCAACAUUUUCUCAUCAGAAAACAGAAGCUGGAAGGUUUAACUUAUUUACAGGAUACCAAUCACCAGUUCAGAGGGAGAAGAGUUUCAAGGUGACUGAAACUCCUGUGGUGCAUUGUGGUUUCUUUAGUGAAAACGGAGGAUUCAAGAUUUCACACGAGGAUAAAGAAUACCUGCACACUUGCAAUAUUGUCGUCUCUACUUGUGCAUUUGGCGGUGGAGAUGAUCUUUAUCAGCCUAUCGGGAUGUCAAAAGCAUCUCUUCGAAAGGUCUGCUAUGUGGCAUUUUGGGAUGAAAUCACCCUUGCAACACAGGAGAAGCAGGGGCGGACAGUUGGUGAUGAUCAUUUUAUUGGCAAGUGGCGAAUUGUGAUUGUCAGGAAUCUCCCUUUCAUGGACCAGCGACUCAAUGGUAAAAUUCCUAAGAUGUUGGGCCAUCGCUUAUUUCCAAGUGCAGAAUACUCUAUAUGGGUUGAUUCAAAGUCUCAGUUCAGGAGGGAUCCCUUGGGAGUGCUGGAAGCACUACUUUGGCGAUCAAACUCUGUGCUUGCAAUUUCCCAGCACGGUGCCCGCAGUAGUGUAUAUGAUGAAGCUAAAGCUGUUGUCAAGAAGAAUAAGGCAACCCCAGAAGAAGUUGAGGUGCAAUUAUCUCAGUACCACACUGAUGGUCUUCCUGAUGAUAAGAGAUUUAAUGGAAGGAAAGCUCUAGCUGAAGCUUCCAUCAUCAUCAGAGAACACUCACCCUUAACUAACCUUUUCAUGUGUCUUUGGUUCAAUGAAGUGGUUCGCUUUACGUCUCGGGAUCAGCUCAGCUUUCCCUAUGUUCUGUGGCGUCUGAAAGUUCUGAAUGAUAUUAACAUGUUCCCUGUUUGCACUCGCAAAGAUCUUGUAAAUAGUAUGGGGCACAUACGCAAGGCCAAACCCUUGGUAACUUGAAUUAUAAUGACUAUUCUUUUCUCAA